AAGACUCGGGAUAUUGUGUUCUGUGUUGUGUUUGCUGAUCAUAGAAAGAAAGAAUGUCUGGUCCCCAGUGUUGCUCAAACCCACCAACCUUGAACGCAAAUGCAGGAGCUGGCCAUGUUGAACAGCUUGGUGGACUCAGCACCUAUGUCUCUGGCUCUCCCAACUCCAAGCUUGCCAUCCUUCUCAUCUCUGACGUUUAUGGAUAUGAGGCUCCAAACCUGAGGAAGCUUGCAGACAAGGUUGCAGCUGCUGGAUUUUUUGUGGUAGUUCCUGACUUCUUUAAUGGAGAUCCCUAUGUGCCGGAUGAUGCUAAUAGGCCUAUACAAGUUUGGUUGAAGGAUCAUGGAACGGAUAAGGGAUUUGAGGAGGCAAAGCCAGUAAUUGAAGCUGUAAAAAGUAAAGGUGUUUCUGCAGUUGGGGCUGCUGGCUUUUGCUGGGGUGCCAAGGUUGUGGUUGAACUUGCAAAGGCUGAGUUUAUCCAAGCUGGUGUGCUAUGUCAUCCUUCAUUUGUCACUGUAGAUGAUAUCAAGGGGGUUAAGGUUCCUAUUGCGGUACUAGGAGCUGAAAAUGACCAUCUUUCUCCACCCGCGCUCUUGAAACAGUUUGAACAGGCCUUAGCUGCUAAACCUGAGGUGGAUGGCUUUGUUAAGAUAUUUCCAAAAGUUGCACACGGGUGGACAGUCAGGUACAGUGUUGAAGAUGUGGCGGCUGUGAAGUCUGCUGAGGAGGCCCAUCAGAACUUGUUAGAAUGGUUUGCUAAGUAUGUGAAGUGAAAUCGUCAAAUUAGAUACUUCUAUGAUAUGUCUUGGUUCUAUAAUAUUAUGAGUAGCAGUGUGGACCCAGUAAAAUGCUAGUUUUCUCAUAUGGUUGAGACUUGAGAGAACUUGGACUUCAAUCUGUAGUAUGUAAGAAUUUGAAUGAACUUGUUCAUGAAUAAAGGGUGAAAAUAGCAUGCUUUAUCUGAAAGUAUGGCUGUGGUGAGAGCACUGUGUGUGUAUGUGGUUUAUGUGGUUGUCAUUACACCAUGCAUUCUCUGAUGUCCAUGGCAAUAUCGGUGCCUUUGGCUCUUUGAGCUGUCUAUGAGGCGAUAAUGCACUGGAAGUGUUGAGAGUAGCUAGACUUCAAUCUGUAGUAUGUAAGAAUUUGAAUGAACUUGUUUUUGAAUAAAGGGUGAAAAUUGCAUGCUUUAUCU